GCCCGAGGAUCAGCACACACAGCCGUGACGUGGAGCAGAGACACAUAGCUCUGUGUGUUAUUUAGCAGUCUGCUGUUGUUUCAAACGGCUGCCUAGUUCAUUAGACAUUUAACAGCCGAUUUGGAUGUACAGUCAUUAACAGCCAUAAUAUGCGUUCAUAACACGCCUAAUAAUGCAUUUGCGCAGCGCUUGAUGAGCAGAUUCCAGGGAGUGUCCAGUGUUUUGAGAGGCAGAAGCGUGUGGCUAAAUAAUCAUGGGUUCACUCGGGAGCCGGUUCCAGUCGUCGGCCCGGGGCCCGGAGGAGGCCCUGGAGAGGCAGUGCGCUGGAAACAGACACAGCUGUGAGUGCAGGAAGAGGAAACGCAGCUCACGCUGUGAGUGUGACAGCGAGCCGGAGGAAGAGGACAGCCAGCUGGACACGCCACGCAGGAAGAAGUUGAAAAGCACCUCUAAGUACAUCUACCAGACACUGUUCCUGAAUGGAGAAAACAGUGACAUCCAGAUCCGAGCCCUGGGGCAGGAGUGGAACCUGCAUAAAAUAUACCUGUGUCAGUCUGGCUAUUUCUCCAGCAUGUUCAGUGGAUCCUGGAAGGAGUCUAACAUGAUGGUUAUUGAGCUUGAGAUCCCAGACCAAAAUAUUGACACUGAAGCCCUGCAAGUGGUUUUCGGGUCACUCUACAGGGAUGACGUGUUGAUCAAACCAAGUCGGGUUGUCAAUAUUCUCGCCGCUGCUUGUAUGCUUCAGUUGGAUGGGUUAAUCCAGCAGUGUGGAGAGACCAUGAAGGAGAACGUGAAUGUGAAGACCGUGUGCAGCUAUUAUAACUCGGCCACCAUGUACGGCUUGGACUCCGUCAUGAAGAAGUGUUUAGAGUGGCUCCUCAAUAACCUCAUGACGCAUCAGAACGUGGACCUCAUGAAGGAGCUCGGGGUGGAGAUUAUGGAACAACUUAUUCAGUCUUCCGAUCUGUUCGUAAUGCAAGUGGAGAUGGAUGUCUACACAGCACUGAAAAAGUGGAUGUUCUUGCAGCUUAAUCCAUCCUGGGAUGGUCCUAUCAAACAGCUUCUGCUCGAUGCAGAUGCCUGGCUGUGUAAAAGAAGAAGUGAGGCUGGAGAGCAGGAGCCCUUUCUGAACUCAGAUGACGGGAUGCCCUUCGUGCCCGUUUUCCGACUCAUCCGCCUCCAGUACAUCAUUAAUGACCUGGCCUCCGCCCGCAUGCUGGAACGGGACAACAUCCUACCGCCCGAGUGGCUGAGCAGCGUGUACAAACAGCAGUGGUUCGCCAUGCUGAGGACAGAACAUGAUAAUGAUAACGGACCACAAGAGGCCAAUAAAGAGGAGUUUGAGCUGAACAGCAUGCGCUGUGGACGAAAACUGACCAAAGAUGGAGAUUACUGUUGGCGAUGGACGGGGUUCAAUUAUGGUUUUGACCUGCUGGUGACUUACACAAAUCGCUUCAUAAUCUUUAAGAGAAACACCCUCAGCCAGCCAUGUGGGGGCGCUGUCAGCUUACAGCCACGACGCCACCUUGCGUACCGAUUGCGCCUUGCUUCCUUUGAUAGCAGUGGGAAAGUGGUUUGCAGCCGGUCAACUGGCUACCAGCUUGUUACCCUUGAAAAGGACCAGGAAUAUGUGGUGAUGAACCUGGACAGCCGGCUCUUGUCUUUCCCUCUGUAUGUGUGCUGUAACUUCCUCUACACUUCUCCGUCCAGUGAGAGGAGAGGCGACACACCAGAGCCAGAGAGCAGCAGCGCACGCAGUGUGUCGUGACCCAACACCACAUAAACCAGUCCAGCCUGUAAUCCAGACCCUUUUUAUUAUUUAUGUUCUGUUGGCCUCAUGUAUAUUAUUUCAUUUUAUUUGUAUCCUUAAUUUGUAAAUAGUCAGGUGCCUUUUAAAUAAUUUACUAUGUCAGUAUCAGAGCUAAGAGUGAGUGCUCUUGAUCCUGUUCUUCACUUUCUGCCCAUUUGAUUCUGUUUGUAAAUUAUUUGUUGGAAGUUGUCCUAUAUUUAAACAUUUCUCAUUGUUAUUGUUAGGCUGGUUGUUAAUUGGUCAGGCAUCCCCACAUUUUUUUCGUUACAAAACAAAA